AUGAGCUCCCUAUCAAGCUCGCAAGUCCUCCCCGGGAGCAGAACAGUGAUCACCUCGACUCGCCACUUUGACCUGGCAAAGUAUUCGAGGGCUGUCUUCGCACAUGGGGGCCCUUUGACCAAUGUAAACUCUCAGCCCGACCGACAGAGCAUCACAUGGCAGCACUUCACACAACCCCGGCUCGUUCUUCUUCUCGAGACGACGACGACAACGACCACUUCUUCCUCGUCUAGAUCGUCCGGCAGCUCGCAGAAUGGCAGAUCCAACCGACGAACGAGGCAGGACGAGCAGACGUCUGACAGUCAGACCUUGCAGAUCGCUCUUCGGGUAGUCUGGCAUACCCGUCUUGAGCUGCCGUCGGUAAGUCAGAUGAGGGCUACUGCAUCCCAGAAGCCCUCGGCCGAUGAAGCGAUCAUGGAACAGCUUCAGCUCAACUCGUCGACACAGUCCGGCACCGACAGUGACAUUGUCAAGGUCGUCUGGAAGGCAGCAACGGUCGCUUUUCGAUACAGCCCAUCUUCGCAACUCACCACGUCCGAACCGCCUUUGCAGGGAGGCCGUUUUCAAGUGCGCCUCGCUGAUGCCGGUGCUGCGCAGGAAUUGAUCAGCCUGCUCGCCAGCGUAUGCCAAGUCAAACAACAGGCCGCAAUCGCAUCGACUCUACCUGCACGGAACGCCGGCUCUGCUGCUGCUGGUCCUGCUGCACUGUCACCCUCAAAGCCGAUGCAGCAUGAUCUUAUCGAAUCUCGUCACUUUGUGAGAGUGGACGAAGACAAAUCUUCACAGCCGCAUCAGUUGCGGCCACUUCGACACUUAGAUCCCCUACAGCUGCAUUCGCCAGAUGACCAUGGCGAUAUGGCACAGUCUGCCCAUCCUCUGCCUGCUCGAUCUACACGCAAGCGCGUCCUCACCACCAACAUUGUUCCAUCGACUGCAGUGCGACAUCGCCAAAGCCCCGUCCAAGCUUUUGCGCAAGAUCCAAUCGCUCGCCCUCGGGUCAAGCGAAAUAGAAGACGGUUGUCGUCCGACAGUCCAACCGAAGAGCGCGCAGCGCUGUCAUGCACUGCGCUGAAGCUCCCAUUGGCUUCGCCAAACACAGUAUCGGUCGUGAGAACAGCGGAACGCAGCACACAGACAGAAACGCCCAUUGAUCAGCAGCUGGGACAAGUGCUCGUGUCGAAGCUCAAGUCGGACAAGUCUUUCCUAGCAAUCCUGCGCCGGCUGUGCUGCGAUAAACUUGCGGAUGCCUCAUGA